CCCCCCCCCCCCCGCCGCCCGCCUCGCACGCCCUCGGAAGCACGCAGGCUUGAGGCGCUGCUCUGGGGGGCUCCCCGGCACCCCAACCUCUCGUCCCCAGCCCGCAGCACCUCCGGCCCCCUCCUUACCCUCGAGAGGCACCAGGAGUUGUCGCAGGGGGGCCUUGGGAAAUUCCCUGGACCCCUGUGCCAGGAGGUGCCCGGUGCGCCCGCCCGCCCCCCCCACCCCGAGGGCGGUGCCCGGGGGCGCUGCCCCAUGGAGCGGGGAGGCGGGCGCCGUCUGCUCCCGGAGCCGUGACCCGAGUCGGAGCUGUGUGUCGCAGCCGCCCCGACCCCCGCGGAUCAUGCGCCGUCGCCCCUGGCUCGCCGGUCCCGCCGGGCUGUGAGCCCCCCACUCCUGGCCCGUGACGGCCCGCGCGCCAUGGGCAGCACCCACCCUUGUCCCUGGCCGCGGCUCCGACCUCGGCCCCAGCCGCGGCCCGCGCUCUGCGCGCUCCUCUUCUUCCUACUGCUGCUGGCUACCACCGUGCCCAGGUCUGCACCCAACGACAUUCUGGGCCUCCGCCUGCCCCCGGAGCCCGUGCUCAAUGCCAACACGGUGUGCCUGACAUUGCCGGGCCUGAGCAGGAGGCAGAUGGAAGUGUGUGUGCGUCACCCCGAUGUGGCCGCCUCGGCCAUCCAGGGCAUCCAGAUCGCCAUCCAUGAGUGCCAGCACCAGUUCCGGGACCAGCGCUGGAAUUGCUCCAGUCUGGAGACUCGCAACAAGAUCCCCUACGAGAGCCCCAUCUUCAGCAGAGGCUUUCGAGAGAGCGCCUUUGCCUACGCCAUCGCCGCAGCCGGGGUCGUACACGCCGUGUCCAACGCCUGUGCCCUGGGUAAACUGAGGGCGUGCGGCUGCGACGCCUCCCGGCGCGGGGACGAGGAGGCCUUCCGCCGGAAGCUGCACCGCCUGCAGCUGGACGCGCUCCAGCGUGGUAAGGGCCUGAGCCACGGGGUCCCGGAACACCCGGCCCUGCCCCCUGCCAGCCCGGGCCUGCAGGACUCCUGGGAGUGGGGCGGCUGUAGCCCCGACGUGGGCUUCGGGGAGCGCUUCUCUAAGGACUUUCUGGACUCCCGGGAGCCUCACAGAGACAUCCACGCGCGCAUGAGGCUCCACAACAACCGAGUUGGGAGGCAGGCGGUGAUGGAGAACAUGCGGCGGAAGUGCAAGUGCCACGGCACCUCGGGCAGCUGCCAGCUCAAGACGUGCUGGCAGGUGACGCCGGAGUUCCGCGCCGUGGGGGCGCUGCUGCGCAGCCGCUUCCACCGCGCCACGCUCAUCCGGCCGCACAACCGCAACGGCGGCCAGCUGGAGCCCGGCCCCGCGGGGGCCCCCUCGCCCGCCCCGGGCGUCCCGGGGCCGCGGCGCCGCGCCAGCCCCGCCGACCUCGUCUACUUCGAGAAGUCCCCCGACUUCUGCGAGCGCGAGCCGCGCCUGGACUCGGCGGGCACCGUGGGCCGCCUGUGCAACAAGAGCAGCGCGGGCCCCGACGGCUGCGGCAGCAUGUGCUGCGGCCGCGGCCACAACAUCCUGCGCCAGACGCGCAGCGAGCGCUGCCACUGCCGCUUCCACUGGUGCUGCUUCGUCGUCUGCGAGGAGUGCCGCAUCACCGAGUGGGUCAGCGUCUGCAAGUGAGCGGAGGUCUCCCCAGCCGGGGCCCGGCCCUCUGCCGCUUGCCAGCUUGGCGCUCCGGGACAGCGUCGUCGUCCAGACUCCUGGGAGAGGAGUUUGGACCUUCUGAUCGGAGAGGGACCUUC